UGUUAACGUUACAGUUAUUACACAGAGUGUGAUUUUUUUUGCUCUUUCCUCGUGUCAACAUGAGCAAUAUUACCGGCAAUUCAUUUUAUCCCACUCCCGGUUACCCCGGAGCACCGAUCAUCGAAGAUUACCACCAAACGCCCAGCACCACAUCCAGUGAAGGUCAUAUUAAGAGACCUAUGAAUGCGUUUAUGGUAUGGUCGAGAAUCCAAAGAAGAAAAAUAGCAGUGGAUAAUCCCAAGAUGCAUAAUUCAGAAAUUUCAAAACGGUUAGGAGCUGAAUGGAAAGUGUUAACGGAAGCUGAGAAGAAACCGUUUAUUGACGAGGCGAAACGAUUAAGGGCGAUGCAUAUGAAGGAACAUCCCGAUUAUAAAUACAGACCAAGAAGGAAACCUAAAGGUCCGAUGCAAUCGGCUUUAAAAAAUCCUGGAAUGGGAUUUUCCAAUCUUCAAAUGCCCUAUUUCACACCGAUAGAUACUUUGGGAACACCGUAUCCAUAUUUCAAUCCAAACUUCGAUUUUACUAGAUUAGGAAGUUCUCAUGAAAAGACUGUGGUGACUUCACAACCCAUGGUGCCAUCUUUACAUCCAUCGUUGUAUUCAUCUUUAUAUCAAUCUCCACCAAAACCUUUCACUACAUCAACACCUCACAUGAGUAUGUUUCCAACUAUGACUAUGAGUAGUAUUCCGCCGAUGAUGUCACCAAUGAUGUAUUCAACGUCCUCGAGUCCCGCGUCAAGCACGACAUCAUCGACGGAUACAGAAUUAAGAAGAGCACCUGUACCGGUGAUGUACUAAUGUCGCUAGAUUUUUAUUUUAAUUUAUUAUACACUGUGAUUUUUCAAUUGACUGAAAUAUUGAUGUAUAUGUAAUGUGUAAAUAUUUUUUUUCUAAAUAAUACAGCAUUAUUGUAUUGUAUUCUGUGAAUAUUAGAUUAUAGUUAAAAAAAUAAUAAUUACUAGAUUUAAGCAAACUUUGUUUCCACCCUCUUUUUUUUGUUAUAAUUGUACAAAAGGAAAUAAAAGAAAGCGAAAA